CAGCACCACAAGUCAGCUGUGUCUCUUCCCGCUGUGCCAUCACUUCUCAAGGUAAAGAAAACGCAGCAGGCUAUGGAGGACCCCUGGCAGAGGGCGUACACUUUUGCCGUCCAAGUGGCGAGGAAGGCCGGCGAGGAAAUUAGGAAAGCCGGCGAGAGCGAAAUCAAGGUGAUGACAAAAAGCUCGACCGUGGACCUCGUCACCAAGACGGACGAGCGGGUGGAGAAGAUCAUCAUCAAGUCCCUCAAAGAUGAGUUUGGAGCUGACACUUACAGCUUCAUCGGCGAGGAGUCGGUGGCGACCGGCAAACCGUGCAUCUUGACUGACAAGCCCACGUGGAUCAUCGACCCUGUGGACGGGACCACCAACUUUGUCCACGGGUUCCCAUUCGUGGCCGUGUCUAUCGCUUUUGCGGUUAAAAAGGAGUUGGAGUUCGGCGUGGUGUACAGCUGCUUGGAGGACAAGAUGUACAAAGCCAGGAGAGGGAAAGGCGCUUUCUGCAACAACGAGCCCAUCCAGGUGUCGGACGUGGAAGACAUCCACAAGUCCAUCAUCAUCUCCGAGCACGGGACGGACAGGACCCUGGAAAAGGUCACCAAGAUCUUCUCCACCAUGCAACGGAUCCUCCGCAUCCCAGUACACGGGCUGCGCGGCUCGGGCACCGCCGCCACCAACAUGUGCCUGGUGGCGUGCGGGGCGGUGGAGGCCUUCUUUGAGAUCGGCAUCCACUGCUGGGACAUCGCGGCGGGGGCGGUGAUCGUGACAGAAGCCGGCGGAAUUCUGCGGGAUGUCGACGGGGGGCCGUUCGACUUGAUGUCCCGGAGGAUGGUGUCGGCAAACAAUGAGGUUAUCGCUAAACGGAUCAUUAAGGAAAUCGAAAUAUUCCCCGUGGAGAGGGACGACGCCGAGCUCAACAAGAAGUGAGAGGAUCCUCGCACACCUUGUUUUUUUUACACACACACACACAAGACGUUCUGCCCUGUCUUCUACAUUUUCUCACAAUAAAACAAUUACGCUACAAACGAC